AUGACACACACCAUUCCGAAAAACAGCGGAUCAAAGCAGGUGCUUGACACUCUCAAGGUCGAGAAAGAGCGAGGAAUCACCGUCAAGGCGCAGACAGCUUCCUUGAAGUAUACUCCCGGAGUAUCUGGUCUCGCGGGCGGUGCAUCACGUACCUAUCUGUUGAACUUGAUCGACACUCCAGGACAUGUGGAUUUUACCUGGGAAGGUGAGAGGCGUAUUGUCCCUGUCCAUAUCCUGGCCUUCAUGUCCGGGCAGUCACUCGAGCACAGGCAGCCUGCCAAGGUGCCCUUUUACUCGUCGACGCAACUCGCACAGACCAUCUCUGUCUUUCAUUCAGCGCGCGAAAGAGGACUCAAAAUUAUUCCUAUUCUCAACAAGAUUGACUUGCCUGCGGCAGACACAGGUCGCAUUACCAGUCAGCUGAGUGCCACAUUUGGCAUAGACCCCGAGGAUUGUUUACAUAUAUCCGCAAAGACUGGUCAGGGUGUUGAAUCUGUUUUGGAACAGAUUGUGUCUCGAAUCCCGCCGCCGGCGGGCGUCGUGACCUCGCCCUUCCGCGGACUCCUCUUUGAUUCAUUCUUUGAUCGCUUCCGAGGUGUCAUCAUGCUGCUCUACUUGGAGGGUGGGGUGUUGCGAAAAGGCAAGAAGUACGAAGUGGUCGAGGUCGGAGUGAUGAAUCCCGGCGAAACUCCGACCGGUGAGCUUCGUGCAGGGCAGGUUGGAUAUAUUGCAUGCAAUAUGAAGGAUCCCUCAGAAGCCCACAUUGGAGAUACCUUCCAUCAUACAGGCAAACCUGUUGCACCAUUGAUUGGAUUCCAGCCGAAUAAGGCCAUGGUCUAUUCGGGGGUGUUUCCGUUCGAUACCAGCGAGUUUCCUCGACUGGAGGAAUCCAUAAAGAGAUUAACUUUAACGGAUCGUAGUGUCACAGUACAACGCGAAUCGUCUACUGCCCUUGGACAGGGAUGCCGCCUUGGCUUCCUUGGUACCCUGCAUAUGGACGUCUUUCGGCAGCGGCUGGAGGAUGAGUACGAUGCCUCUGUCAUUAUAACGGCACCGACGGUUCCCUACAAGGUUGUCUACCGCAGUGGCAGCGAUACCAUCAUCCGAAACCCCGUGGAGUUUCCCGAAUAUGGGGAUCCCAAGGUCUUGGAGAUCCAAGAACCAUAUGUGAAAGGGAGCAUCAUCGUUCCACAAGAAUACGUCGGACAAAUGAUGGAACUCUGCGCGGAACAUCGGGCAGAUGAUAUCUCAGAUAUUCGCUACCUGGAUAAUUCGGGAGAUACAGCACGCGUUUUGCUGCAAUGCAGACUUCCGCUCGGAGAGAUUGUCUCUGACUUCUUCGAAAAGCUCAAAGGACGCAGCUCAGGAUUCGCCAGCUUCGACUACGAGGAAGAUGGCUAUCAAAGAAGCCCUCUGCAUAAGAUGGUUUUCCUUCUCAACGGGAAACCAGUUGAUGCCUUGGCUACCAUUGUCCACGACUCUGUGUGCGAGGAUGUCGGAAGAAAGUGGGCGUUAAAACUCAAGGAGGUCAUACCUCGGCAAAAUUUUGAGGUUCCUAUCCAAGCACUGGUCAAGAACAAGGUCGUUGCACGCGAAACUAUCUCGGCGAUGAGGAAGGAUCUGAAGCAUCUCAACAAGCAAAAGGAGGGAAAGGCCAGGCUCAAGCGUAUCGGCAAGGUGGACUUGCCGCAAGAGGCAUUCUUCACGCUUCUGAGCUCGAACAACAAGAAAUAG